UAGUAAAAUGUAUUCGAUGCAUAUGCCCAGAGUUAGCGCGUGCCAAGGUGGGGCACGGUACAAACACACAAUUGAAAACUUACCCAUAACACCAUAGUAACCGAUACAUUCAAGCAAGUGAAUCAUACAAGGCUGUGCUAUUCUCUAUCAGGUUAAGGCCGUGUCCCCCCCGGAUUGAUGCUCCGAGUCCUGAACAAUGGGUUGUAUCUAUACACGAGGUUGAAUACGACGUCUAGGGCAACGAUGCUAGCUCGAUAACCCCUCAGAGGCUGGCUCAUUCUAGGAUCUGUGCAUGCUCUGCAUCGUCCCAUGUAUAUCGAAACGUGGCAUUUGAAGCCUGUGCCAAGGCAUUUUGACCCCACCCCUACCCAGCCAAACGGCAAUGUGAUUUCUCAGCCAACAAUCAAAUCGCAUGGGAACAUUCCAUCAACUUCUAGACAGGGCCCAUAUCUACCUCGGACCGCGCCAACUUGAUAAGCUCCCGAGCGUACACUUUAUUCGUUAUUGGCGAUGUUUUUCUUCAAUGUAGAGAAAGCAGGCUGGAAUUCAUGGGUUUUGUCCUUCAAAGCCCUCCAUGUAAAGCUUAAUAUGAGUAAGAUCCAUCGAAUAGGGUGGCCAUUCGAUCGUCUAAACCCAUGGUCUUCCAGCCACUCCUUCGAGUCCCCUGUAGUGUGAAUAGGUGUAGACUACUGCAUAAAGGGUCUACUAAGUCUAAGAAUAGACGAAGACCUUGCUCGAGCGCUUGUUGGUAUUGUCGAAUAUCACGUGUGUCCAAUCGAGUAGUCAGAAGUGCAUAAGAUUGUAUAUGAAUGAGGUGUGUUCUUGUCUGUGUUCU